GCGGUGCGCGCGGCGCGGCCCGCACUGUGCCGGGAGCGCGCGCCGCGCCGAGUCGCGCCACUCGACCCGCGAGCCGCGAGGUGACCGACCCGCCCCCACGCAACACGCGCGUACUACUACUACUCCAUAUCGGAUGCACCCAGCUUGCGCCGGCACCGCGGGAACCCCCCACGUAGAUUGAAACGGAAGCAAUAAACGGAAAGAUGAUCGACAGAGCGCUGAGCUACUUCUUAGACAAAUACGACACAAGCACGAUCGCGGCGAUUCGGUGAGAGAGGAUGGAGGGCGCGGACGCGCGCGACGAGUGGGAGGCGCUGUACGUGCAGCUGCCUCUACAGGGCUGGAACGAGAGCUCAUACUCUCCUUCCAGCUGGAACGCCACGGCGGCGCCCAACGGCAGCUGGUGGGGCGCCGCGCUCGCGCCCUUCGACUCGCCCGCCCAGCUGCUGGAGGCGGCGGGCAAGGCCGUCGUUCUCGGCCUGCUCAUACUCGCCACUGUUGUUGGCAACGUGUUCGUGAUAGCAGCCAUCCUGCUGGAACGGCACCUGCGCAGCGCGGCCAACCAGCUGAUCCUGUCUCUGGCGGUGGCGGAUCUGCUGGUGGCCUGCCUGGUGAUGCCUCUGGGGGCGGUCUACGAGGUGGCGCAGCGCUGGACCCUGGGCCCGGAGCUGUGCGACAUGUGGACCUCGGGGGAUGUGCUGUGCUGCACCGCCUCUAUAUUGCACUUAGUGGCUAUAGCACUUGACAGAUACUGGGCUGUCACAAACAUAGACUACAUCCACGCGCGCACGGCGAAGCGCAUCGGGCUGAUGAUCGCGUGCGUGUGGGUAGCGAGCUUCCUCGUGUGCAUCGCACCGCUGCUGGGCUGGAAGGACCCGGACUGGACGCGCCGCAUCUCCGAGGACCUGCGCUGCGUAGUCAGCCAGGACGUCAGCUACCAGAUAUUCGCGACAGCGUCCUCCUUCUACGUCCCCGUGCUCGUCAUCCUGAUCCUGUACUGGCGGAUAUACCAGACGGCCAGGAAGAGAAUACGUCGGCGGCGCGGCGCCACGGCGCGCGGCGGCGUGGGCCCCCCGCCCGUGCCGUCCGGCGGCGCCCUGGUGGCGGCCGGCGGCAGCGGGGGCAUCGCCGCCGCCGUCGUCGCCGUCAUCGGCCGCCCGCUGCCCACCAUCUCCGAGACCACCACCACCGGCCUCACCAAUGUAUCCUCCAAUAACACUAGUCCCGAAAAGCAGUCGUGCGCCAACGGGCUCGAGUCGGACCCGCCGACGACGGGCUACGGCGCCGUGGCGGCCGCCUACUACCCCGCGCUGGUGCGCCGCAAGCCCAAGGAGGCGGCGGACAGCAAGCGCGAGCGCAAGGCCGCCAAGACGCUGGCCAUCAUCACGGGCGCCUUCGUGGCGUGCUGGCUGCCAUUCUUCGUGCUGGCCAUCCUUGUGCCCACGUGCGACUGCGAGGUGAGCCCGCUGCUCACGUCCUUCUCGCUGUGGCUGGGCUACUUCAACUCCACGCUGAACCCGGUGAUCUACACGGUGUUCAGCCCGGAGUUCCGGCACGCCUUCCAGCGGCUGCUGUGCGGCCGCCGCGGGCGCCGCCGCCGCGUGCCCGUCUAGCCCUUCUGACUGACCUCCUAGUUCGAUGUUAUGUUACCUUGUUACAUUUUCAGAGAUAUAUAUUUACACCCCUUUAUUUUUUGUACGUGAUAAAUGUUAAUAAGUAUAAAUACUACCUGUCUAGUUAAUAAACCACAAUUUUCUCUUAAA